AACGGUUAGACAUAGGGAAGUGAUGUAUCCCUGUGCUGCAAUCGUUCCAGGAAACAGAUUGCAGUCCCCAGCAAGGUUCACAUUUCCGUCUAACUUCUUCUUUUGUGUACAGAGCUAUAGCCAGUAUUGAAAUUAUUAAACGUUAAACCUCCAGGUUUCCAUUUAAAUUGUAUCAUUUAACUCUCUCUUUUUUUUUUUCCUUUAUUUUUAAAAACUUGGGUUGUCAAGAAUUCACGAUGAAGAGCCUUUUUUUGUCUCUGGUAGUUGUCUCUGUUCUGUUUAUGAACAGCUUCUCAGACGUGCAGGGAAAGAAAUGGAAAGGUGAAGGUACAACAAAAAACCUGGAAAGUAUUGUCAUUGGAAGAUGCUAUAACUAUAUUAGAAUUGUGAAUCCUGCUGUUGGUGAGAAGAAUUGUUCAGAGAUAUGGGAAGCGUUUAAAAAUGCAUUUAUUAACAAGGAUCCUUGCAGCAUUCUACCUAAGGACUAUGAAUUAGUUAUCAACCUGUCAUUGCACACAAUUCCACCUAACAAGUCUCUCUUCUGGGAAAAUAAUCAGCUGCUAGUCAAGAGCUUUGCUGACAGAGGCCGUCGCUACAUGUCUCUGAGUGAUACUCUGUUUGGCUUCUUUGGAGAUUUUCUAAACUGGUGUGGGCAGGCAAACAGUGCUGGACUGGACUAUGAAUCCUGCCCUACCAUGGAGGAAUGUGAAAACAACGCGGUGGACUCUUUCUGGAGGAUGGCCUCAAUCACUUAUGCACAGCACAGUUCUGGGGUGAUACAUGUCUUGUUGAACGGUUCUGCAGUCGGAGGAGCUUAUCCAGCCCCAGGUUUUUUUGCAGAUUAUGAAAUACCUAAUCUCCAGAAAGACAAAAUCUCAAAAAUUGUCAUCUGGGUUGUGGAUGAUAUUGAAGGACCAGAUAUAGAGUCCUGUGGAACUCACACUGUAAAAAUAUUAGAAAACAGGCUAAAAACCCUUGGUUAUGAUGUCACCUGCACUGACAAUUACAAGUCUGUAAUGUUCUUACUCUGCCUGGAUUAUCCUGAUGAUUCUAAGUGUACCCUUUCAUCGUUUUAAACCAUUUCCCUGAAAGUUUUGUGAUGUGGGUACAUUCCUCAGCUGAGGAAACCUGGAUGAGAAAGCUUUUGGAAACCAUUAAUGUCUUUUUCCUUUCACCUAAGGGAUGAGCAUACCAGUUCUCCAGUAUUACCACAUAGCACUUGCAGUAUGUAAGCAGGGGAGCAGCCACCCCUUCCUUUCCAUCCAUGUUGGUACUUAAAUUAAUAUAAACACUAGUGUAUUCUAAGCACCAAUCUCAUGCUCGCCUGGGGCAACUACUAAGCAACUCAGCUGUUAUCAUCAUGUUAGGAAAAGUUUCCUUGCUUCUUUCCCUCCUGAGCCUUCUAUUCCCUCCUGUAUGCAUGGCAAUGUAAUAGGCUUGAUAUUGACUUCGUAUCUAUGCUAACCCUAAUCAAGACAGAGCUUCCCAAUCUGAAUGCUAACUAUCAUUGCCACUCCCUGAAAUUUAAGUAGCUAAAAUACUUCAAGCCAAUGAAUACUUACACUUUUCCCCAAAUCACUUACUUCUCUGUAAUAAAGAACAUCUCCAUUGAAAUUAGCUGCUCUUUCAGAAAGAGCCUUAAGCAGAUGUAUAUAAAUUAUUUGAUGAUUAUCUUCUAGAUCUGUUUUCUCUGUGGAUGGAUCCCCGCUCCCUGAUGGUCCAUUAACUGACAUGGGAACAGUUUGGUCAGUAGUGGUAUCACUGUUAAGAGCGUGUAUCUGUUAGGAAAAAGUUUCCUUUGCAGAGUGUGUUCAGCCUACACUCAGUGUUCAUGCUUCCAUAAUAAAUAGUGAGACUAGACAUGCAGGCUCUGUUGCAUCCCCUUUCACAAUGGCUAUUUUCUGUUACAAGACUGAUAGCUGCCUUCUCAGCCUUGGGAGAAUAUCGUCCUGAGCCCAGAAACAUUAGAGUUGUGCAAGUGACUUUUUUGUCACCGACUCCUGUUACAUUGGCAUACCAAAGGAGAGGGCUGUGUCAGGUCAGCAGAGGGAUGGCCUCUGUACAGAAGGUGCUGUAAUGUCCUUGGGGCUUCUUGGGUAGUGGUAGCGCCCCUUAACUCCUCUCCAGACUUGAGCUGCGUUCCUGCCGAGUCAAAAUUGGACUUUGGCUUGUUGACACCCUGAUGUUUGAAGCAAACUUGUAAGUAAAAAAAUACCCACUAGAUGGCAUAGAUAGCUUACAAACAUAAGCAGAAAGGAAGCCAGAUGCAACCUAUUAGUAGUGGUAUUUAUUACUUGCAUUACUGCAAUGUCAGGGAGACUUAGAAAUGGAUCUGGAUACUGUUGUAUCAAGUGCUGUAAAAAUACAGACCUCUAGGACCACUGCUGUCUAGAAGAGCUCUAUACAAUCUCAAGCAUAAGGCCAGAGACAGUAAAUGGACGUGGAGAGACAAGGAGGCUCAGGUAUUAAGGUAGAAAGGAGUAUUCCCAGGGUUUUGCACAGAUAUCCUGUUUAUAAAACCAUGACAGCCAAAAGGAAUCUGGUGGCGAGCUCUUAUAAAGAAACUUCUAGCUUAGCACUUGGACUGCAAACUUCAUCCUUGGCAACAAACCCCUGAUAUUUAAAAGAAUCCUAACUCAGCUCUGUGCUGUGAACAUCCUGUUUGUUUUCUUUUCUUCAGAUCUGCACCAGCAGCACAAAGAGGACCUAUAUCUUCAGACAGAGGAGGCAGCUGGAACAAGCUCCUGUUUGUUUCUUUUCUAGGCUUUUUGUUCAGAUUUGCUUUAGUGUACUAAGUUAAUCAACUGAAUCCAUAUCCUCUGUUUGCCUUAGCUGGCUAUAAAUUUGGCUUCAACUAAUUUCUAACUGCAGUUUCACCCUACUUCUGGGACUGGCAAACCUGCAUAUUAAAAGCUUCUAUCUAGAUACCAACUACUUUUGGUAUAAAAAAAUUACUGCUACUAGAAAGCCUCACCCUUCAUUUUGUUUUCUGGAAUAGAAGAAAUCCAUUGCCAU